GGGGGAAAGGCGAGGGCGUAGAGUAGCGUGGAGCAGCAGCAGCAGCAGCGCCGCACCUCGCCUCGCCUCGCCCAUUCCAUCCCACCACGUCUUGCGAAGUAGUCCCGGCAGAAGCGAUGAGAGCGGCGGACGCGGGGUCCGGCCGGAGAAUCCCUCCGCCGGGUGAGGGAAGAGGCGGUGGCGACCGCGCGGGUGCCGGACCGGAGGGAGCGGUUGGCGGCAAUACAGGAGGCGGCGUCCGGAGAAACCCCUGGCGUGUGAAAGCUCCUAGGUGUUGGUCGUUCUCUGGCCUUGCUAAAUCACAUUAAGAAGAAUGAUAUCUGGUUUCCAACUAUAGUCAGGAUAUUGCCAUUGAGGCUUGGCCAUGGAAGCAGAGAACGCAGUGGAGAGCAGCAGCGAUGCAGCCCCUCGUCUGGGGCAGCAAGAGGAACCCUCUGAGAGCGGCCUUGGCAUGGAAACCUCAGAGACCAUGUCUGCGGAUAGCAGCGAUGCUGCCUCAGUGCCCGUCACUCUCUCAGAAGCUGACGAAUCCGGUGUAGGCCAGAGUUCAGACAGCAGAGGGAUCUCUAUGGCUGAGGUGUCUGAGAGCAGCUCCAGCACAGAUGCCUUGCCCAGGGCCUACCUGCCGGACUCGUCCUCCAUUGCACAGUCCACCCUGGUGUCCAGCGUCUCCACAGUGAGCCAGUCCAUCCUGGUCUCUCAGUCUGCUCAGGGCCUUGUUCACUCCAGCGUCCUUGCAGAAGGGGCUUCUGUGGUGUCCAACUCCACCGCCUCGACAUCAUCGGACCUGAGCUCCGCAAUUGACAAGAUCAUAGAGUCCACCAUCGGACCGGACAUCAUUCAGAGGUGCAUUGCUGUGACAAGUGAGGAGGACGGCGGGGCACAAACGACUCAGUACCUCAUCCUGCAGGGUCCAGAUGAUGGUGCCCCUGUGAUGUCCCAUGUGGCCAGCUCUGCCUUGGCCCAGAGUUUGGCUGUGGAAGCCCUGGUGGACGGCCCCACCUCCACGUGUGUGGAGCACCCAGGGCCAUUGGAGCUGUUGGACCAGCCAGCGCAGCUGAGCCAGUCCGAGGAGCCUGACCUGCAGAGCCUGGAGGAGCUGAUGGAGGUGGUUGUGGUGCAGCAGUUCAAGUGCAAGAUGUGCCAGUACAAGAGCACCUCUAAGCAGAUCCUCAUCCAGCACAUGCGGGAGCGACACUUCCAGCCGGUGUCUGCCACUGGUGGUUUGAAAAAAGGGCGCCCACGUAAGGGGGAUCCUGUCCUGAAGGGCCCAGAUAAGAGGAAGCUGGAAGAGGAGGAGGAGGAGGAGGAGGAAGAGGACGACAUUGUGGACGCAGGUGCUAUUGAUGACCCAGAAGGCGACAGUGAUUACAACCCGGCAGAGGAUGAGCCCGGGGGGCGCCUGCCCAAGCUCACCUGCCCCAUGCCCACCUCCAGCGAGGAGCGCCUGCGCCGACGCCCAGGACGGCCCCGCAAAUUCCCUUGCCUGGAGGUUGUCCCUGAGCCAGAGGGUGGUGACAUGGAGCCUGUAGUCUCAUCGCAGGGCAUCUCCCAAGGAGACCCCCAAGUCCCUGAGGCAGCCAGCUCCUCAGACCAGGUGCCUGUUGGCGGAGAAAGCCUUGUGGAGCCCGUUGUGAGUCAGUCUGACUCUGAGAACAGGGACCCCUCCUCUCAUGACAAACUAGAAAUGAUUCCCCGUCGGCGAGGCCGGCCCUCUCACCGUUUCCUGGGCAAGAAAUACCGCAAGUACAUAGGGCGAAGAUACUGCUACAAGUCAGCCAAGCCCUUGUUGCGCCCCUACGUGUGCCGGAUCUGUGGUUCCCGUUUCCUCACGCAUGAGGACCUACGCUUCCACGUGGACUCGCACGAGGGAGGCGACCCCCAGCUCUUCCGCUGUCUGCAGUGCAGUUACCGCUCUCGGCGCUGGUCAUCUUUGAAGGAACACAUGUUCAACCAUGUGGGGAGCAAGCCCUACAAGUGCGAGGAGUGCAACUACACCAGCGUGUACCGGAAGGAUGUCAUCCGUCAUUCUGCAGUGCACAAGCGUGACAAGAAGAAGCGAGCUGACCCGCCCCCCAAGCGGAGUUCCUUCCCUUGCCCGGUCUGCAACCGCGUCUAUCCAAUGCAGAAGCGGCUCACUCAGCACAUGAAGACACACAGCACUGAAAAGCCGCACAUGUGUGACAAGUGUGGGAAGUCUUUCAAGAAGCGCUACACCUUUAAGAUGCACCUGCUGACCCACAUCCAGCCAGUUGCAAACCGCCGGUUCAAGUGCGAGUUCUGCGACCACGUCUGUGAGGACAAGAAGCUUCUCCUGAAGCACCAGCUGCUGCACAUCCACGACAAGCCCUACCGCUGCAGCCUCUGCCCGUAUGCCACCGUCCGCGAGGACUUCCUCCUGUCCCACAUGGCUGUCAAGCACACAGGGGGGAAGCCUUUUGCCUGCGAGUUCUGCCACUUCACCACCAAGCACAAGAAGAACUUGCGCCUCCACGUCCAGUGCCGCCACACGGAGAACUUUGAGGAGUGGGUGCAGCGGCACCCGGAGGAGCCCCCUUGCCGCCGCCGCCCCUUCUUCACCCUCCAGCAGAUUGAGGAGCUGAAAGAGCAGCACAGUCAGAGCCAGCCUGCCACGGAGGCAGCUGCCCCCAGCUCCCCGGUUGCCUGCCAAGCAGUGCAAGAGCCCCCCAUCCUCUCCCAGGAGCCGCUGGAGGGGGCCACCAUCAUCUAUCAGCCAGAUGUGGAAGGCUCCGUUGAGCUCGCUACGCAGACGGCGUUGGACUUGUUGCUGAACAUGAGCAGCCAGCGGGAGGGGCCCGCCAGUGCUCUGGAGGUGGCUGUGGUGAAGACAGAUGGCUUUUCCAAGGCCUCCGAUCCCCAGGCAGAGCAAGACUGGGAGGAGCCCCAGACGGAGGUGUUGACCCUGCAUGUGACGGAGCACAGCGCGGCCUACGAGGAGGCAGCCCUGGGUGGUGCAGAGGUCCAGCAAGUCACCAUCCCCUUCAGCAGCACAACGGAAUACAGUAUCAUUGCCCCAAGCGAGGAGGCCGGCAGCACGCUGUACGGCGAGGCGGAGAGUCCCAGUGAAGCCGUUCAGUCAGUGGUAAGAGGCACUCUGAAGGAUGCCGUGACUCCCAGCAGCGCUCCAGAGAGCCAGCAGGAGGCACAUUCUGCAGAGAAGAGCGGGGAGCAGCCUGAGCCUCAGUGUGGUGUCAGGUGGCCCCUGGUCCAGUGCCUGGCCUGGCCGGCCCACAAGCCCGUUCCGCUGGCUCCUGUGGAUCGGGAGGGGGCCUCCAGCAAGGCCAGGUUGCCCAACCGGCAGGGCAUUGCCAAGCAGGCCUCUUGCAAUGACGCCUCCACUAAGAAGCUCCCAGGGAAGAUGCCCUCGGCCAAGAAAUUUUCCUGCAAGAUCUGCAUGGCGACUUUUGCAGGCCGAGCCGAGAUGGAGAGUCACAAGCGGGCACAUGUCGGACCUAACGCCUUCAAGUGCCCCGAUUGCCCGUUCACAGCAGCUGUUUGGCCGGAUGUCCGGAGCCACAUGGAGCAACACGCCAGCCUCCGGCCCCACAAGUGCCAGCACUGCAGCUUUGCUUCCAAGAACAAGAAGGAUCUGCGGCGCCACACGCUGACCCACACCAAUGAGAAGCCUUUUGCUUGCCACGUCUGCGGGCAGAGGUUCAACCGCAAUGGGCACCUCAAAUUUCAUAUGCAGAGGCUGCACAGCUCUGAAGGGAAGCAGGUGCCCGAGCCGACACCAAGCGCCUCCCAGACCAUCAUCCUGAAUGGCGACGACGAGGCCCUGGCUGCGCUGCAGACGACUCUGCACUCUGGCCAAGCUGUGCUGGCUCCAGAGAGACUCCAGCAGGCUCUGGGGCAGGAGCGCAUCAUUAUGACGCAAGAGCAGAGUGUCCCCAAUCAGGAGGAUGCCGCCUACAUCCAGGAGAUAAUGACGACAGCUGACGGACAAGUGGUGCAGCACCUGGUGACGGCGGAGAACCAGGUACAGUACAUCAUCGCCCAGGAUGGUGUUCAGCACCUCCUUCCCCAGGAGUAUGUGGUACUGCCUGGGACCCAUCACAUCCAGGUGCACGAUGGGCAGAUCACCCACAUCCAGUAUGAACAAGGGGGCCAGUUCGUGCAGGAGCCUCAGAUCCAGUAUGUGCCUGUGUCGCCCGGGCAGCAGCUCCUCACACAAGCUCAGCUGGAAGCAGCAGCACACUCAGCAGCGACAGCGGUGGCUGAUGCUGCCAUGGCCCAAGGCCAGGGCCCGUUUAGCACAGACUGCGCAGCUGACCAGAUCCACGAGCGGCAGCCGGGCAUCCACUAUGACAUCAUCACGUUGGGGGACUAGCAGGGGCCUCCUUCCCCUCCCCAAAGCAUCAACCUGCGUCUUCAUGGCUCUGGGGGACCUGCUGUGUGUUGGCAACAGAAUCAGCACUGGGUCUGGAUUGCGCCUUCUGCCACAACAUGGGACACAGCACAGCCCUGCACCCAGUUCGGCGCUUGCCUCUCGGAAGGAGCUGCACCGCGGGACUGGCAGGCCCAGCCCAUCUCGUCGGCCCUGCCUACUUGCUGCCUGUUAGUGGCUGAACUGGGAGCUGGAUGCUUGAGCAGCCACUAUGGACAGAGGAGGGAGCGGGAGGGGGCUUCCCGCAAGGACCACAGCCAUGGUGGGAAAUAUGCUUCCAAAUAAAGGCACAGGACUGUAAGGAAGCAGUGUCCCCCACUUGCUUCGUCUCUACAACCUGCUGAGGUGGCAUUGACUCUGGCAGGGGAGCUGACCUCAGGCCACCCACUCCACCUCCCUGGAAUUAAUCAACUCAACUGGUCAACAGACCAUUUCCCGUGCAACUCACCCCAGUACAACUGCUGUCUCCCAGAGCCGAUUGCUUGCCGGUGUUUACAUGGGAUUAGAACAGCUAAUCUGGGAGUUUGACUAGGGCCGUUUGCAUUAUACCGAUUACCUUCAGCAGAAGCACACAGACGGCUCUCAGGCUCUAUUCCGGCAAGGGGUGGGCAUGCAGGCAGCUAGUCUAGGGCACAGGGACCAGUAGGGUCGAGCCCGCAGCCGUGAGAAGAAAUAUCCCAGUCUUCUGCCCUUACCGUGUAGCCUGCUGUUGUCCUCAUGGGCUGAGUAAGCAAAGGGGUUUCGGACCAAUGGUGGGUGGUAGAUAAGUUCAUGGCUAUUUUAUAUAUUGCUGCAUUUAUAUCCUGCUUUUCCUCCAAGGCGCUCCAAGUGUCGUACAUGGUUCUCCCCCUCCUAAUUUAAUCCCCAUAACAACCCUGUGAAGCAGGUUAGGCUGAGAGGCAGUGACUGCCACCAGGUCACUCGCGUGCCUCAUGGAAUGGGGAUUUGAACCCUGGUUUCCCAGGUCCUAGUCCAACACUCUAAGCACUGCACCAUACUGGCACCUGAAGCAGGGAUGUAUUCUGUAGGCCUGUUGAGCCAGCCAUGCAGACGCUGGCUGGCUAGAGGUUGGCCGGCUCAGCUGUGCAGGAGCGUCAGGUGCGACAGGAUUCUGGAAAUCUAGGGCACCCCAGCGCUGUUGUCCUUGCCUGGCGAAUCGGCUCCAGCUGUGCCCCAGCAAAUUAAAUCAGGUGCUGGGGCUAAGGCACUUGUGUGUAGCUUACAGGCCGCUGUCUCACAGAUCGACCAACAACACUCCUGUGAGAGGGUGGGUGGCACAGAGUCUUCUGGGGCCAAGGCCAUGGUUCCACAUGUGGAGGGCACAGCAGCAUCCAAGCAAGGCCAGAAUGGGUAGCUGGCCCAGUCUCUUCCAAGAUGUUGCUGCCACGUUAAGCAGAGGGCAGAAGGGCAUCCAUUCAUUGGCGAUCACUCGUGGCCGAGUAAGAUUGUCUUCCAGGGUAAGGUCUGUGACUGUGGAGGCCAAUUCUGGAUCCACACAGCCUCCCACAGUGAGGACAUAGGUUUCCAGAUGGAAGGUGGUCACAAUGAGGAUUUGCUUGAUGUGCCUUCCGCUUAGUUCGUUUGUCCCUUUCGCCCUGUACUCGUGCUUUUUCAAAGUCCACAGCACCUUUGAUAAUGGCUGACCUCCAAUUGGGACGCUCAUGGGCCAAGACUUCCCAGUUGUUGAUGUGCUCAGCUGGCCUUUCCUGUGGCAGGGGUGAAGAGGGAUGCAAUGCUGUGCACAUCCCCUUGUGGCUGUCCACUUUCUUCUGUAUUUGGCCAGCUCCUGGAAUGAAGAGUUGGGUUGCUUGGGGCAUUUGUGUACCAUGAGCUUGAGGAAAGAUGUAUGCUCAUUUCCCCUUUGUAUGCAGCACACACGCAUUUGGUGAGCCUCAGCUGACUGCUCAAGGAAGGGCCAGAUCCAUUAGGAAAGGCUGGAAAACUUGAGGGAGUAGCAGUUUCGAAGGAUAUGAAAGGAGGCAGGAAGGGAAGUGGUAGUGCUCUGCUCUUGUCUGGAUUGCUGAACUCAAGAUGCAGCUGCUCUAAAGCAGCCUUUGCUAAGUGGGUGCCCUCCAAAUGUUUUGCAGUGAGCUGAGGGCUGUUGGCUCAAUAAAAGAAUGGAUGCCCCCCUUUCCUCUGAAUUAGUCAACUGCUGGAGGUGUUUGGGGAAAGGCCGGCCAGCUUUGGCCACAGGAGCAGCUCAGCAGCAGAAUAUUAUUACUAUUUAUUAAAUGUAUAUCCCGCCUUCCCAAAAGGAACCCAGGGUGGCAAGCAAAUGACAAAUCACUAAAAUCUAUAAAACAUUAAAAACAAAACAAACAUGAUAAAAAUGAAAAUCUUAAAUAAAAACAUGUUUAAAACAUGUGCUUCCAGCAUAAGGUCUCUGCUUAAAAGACUUGUUGAAAGAGAUGUUGGGAGUGGGGCAAGAGCGACUCCUGUUUGGGUUCUUUUGUGUGUAUUCCAGAAGGAAGACAGAGGGAGGGCCCUCCAGCUGGCUGGGCUUGCCUACCUUGACCUGUGCUCUUCUCUACCUAACUUCCUUUCAUUGUAAACUGAUACACUCAGGGAAGCUGACGUGCCCCUCCUGCCCUUGUCUUCUUCAACUUGGCCUGGCAGAGGAAAGAGGAGAGAUCUCUGUCUUUGUGCUCUCUCCUGAGCUAUGAGAGCAAGACCCACGUCUGGGCACUGCACCUCCAACUUAGUUAGAACUAGGUAUGCCUUUCCUAUCUACUGUGUAUUUCUACAAAUAAA